AUGGGCUCUUUGCGAUCUUCGGAUAAAGAUAUGCAGCUCGAUAAAAUUCCAUUGGAAAAGACAUCGAGUCAUGAUGAAGGGCUACCAAGUCGGCAAACUUUGCUAGAGGCUCUUCAGGCACAGAAACCAUCGCCAUGGUCGCCAAACCUGAGAAAGCUAUAUGGGUUUUGCGUGAUUGCCUUCCUUUGUUCGACAAUGAACGGAUAUGAUGGAUCAAUCUUUGGAUCUCUUCCCGCCCUCGAGUCGUUCAGGGACCAAUUCGGCGUCGAGAAAAACGGCGCUAAAAUAGGUUACAUCUCCGCAAUGUACACCGUAGGUGGGAUUUGCUCUUUGCCAUUUAGUGGACCCGCUUGUGAUAUGUUCGGGAGGAAAUGGGGCACGUUCAUCGGAUGCGUGAUUGUUGUUGCCAGCACAUUUGUAUCUGCGCUAUCGCAUGGUGUCCCCCAAUUCGUGGCCGGUCGGUUCUUUCUUGGGUUCGGAGUGAAUAUCAUUCGAUCAACCAGUUCGAUUUGGUGUGCUGAAGUUUGCCCACCAGCCUAUCGUGGCAUUAUCAUGGCAUUCUAUAACUGCACGUACGCAGUCGGGUCUUUGGUUGCUGCCGGCGUCACCCGGGGAUCGGCUGGAUAUGCAGGUUCCAAGUCCUGGCGGAUCCCGCUUUGGUGCCAGAUGAUAUGCCCUGGGAUUGUCCUCUUGAGUGUGCUCUUCUUUCCCGAGUCUCCUAGAUGGCUAUUCUCGCAUAGCCAAGAGGACAAGGCGUUGGAAUUCCUUACACACUACCACGGCGAAGACGACCCAAAUCACCCUCUGGUUCAAUUACAGUUGCAGGAAUAUAGAGAAUUUAUCUCGCUAUCCGGAUCUGACAAGCGCUGGUGGGACUUCAGCGAUUUCUACAAAACGAAGGCAGGUAGAUGGCGUUUCAUGAAUGCUCUGAUCACAGGCAUCUGGGGCCAAUGCUCGGGCAACGCAGUUGUGACCUACUAUCUCCCCGCAAUGCUCAUCACUACCGGUAUCACGGAUUCAAAUCAAGUGUUGAAUGUUAACCUUGGAUAUACUGUCGUCUCGACGGUGGCUUCAUACUUGGGCGCCAGCCAGAUUGAGCGAAUGGGUCGCAGACCGACUAUCAUUUGGACAGCGGUCGCUUGCUCUGUUUGCUUCGCGUGUAUCACCAUUGGAACUGGACUAUUUGCUCACACCCAGGCUACAUCGGCUGCUUCUGCUGGUAUUGCCUUUAUUUUCGUUUUUGGCUUCUGCUAUAAUUUCGGAAUGACUCCUCUGCAGGCAUUGUACCCGGUUGAAGCGCUGUCAUACGAAACACGAGGUAAAGGUGUUGGACUUACUUUCUCCAUCGCCCAUGGAUUUACUCUUCUCAAUCAGUUUUGCUUCCCUAUUGCCCUCCAAAAGAUUGGAUGGUAUACUUAUAUUGUCUUUAUUGGAUGGGAUUUAUUUGAAGCGACUGUGAGUUAUUUCAUCUCUGUGGAGACGAAGAACCAUACUUUGGAGGAAAUGUCGGAGAUUUUCGAAAGUCCGAAUCCAGUGAAAGCCUCAUUGAAGAAGCCCGUUCGUCAGUUCUGA